CCCGCGCCAGUGUGGCAACAACAGCCGAUGCGAACGAACAAGCAAAAUAUUUACGAUAUUUUGAACGCAGUUUGCAAGUGUGCGCUCUUCGUUGCUAUUUUCCCAGUGCACUAGUGGGUGUCUGUCUCACUCGAUGACCUUGUCACUACAGCCACUGUUGCGAAGCAGUGAUAAGCUCAAGGCAGGCAAGACGCAAACGAGGAAGAAACUUAUCGGCGGCACAGCUGCUACCUGAGCAGUGGAGAGGUAUACUGUUGCUCGCAUUGUAUUCGCAGUACACACGUUGAAUGUCUCUCACGGCAAUGCACCCGUGGCAGUACGCCUGCCUCGUUCUCGUGCCACCAGUCACCGCCUUAAUCUUAUAUCGACUGUGGAAAAAGUACGCGACAAAACGGAUGGGCCUGCGCCACCAACACUUCGUGAUCACUGGUGGUUCGAGCGGUAUCGGGAGGGCCAUGGCUCUUCUGAUUGUUCGCAGGGGCGGCAACGUUACAAUCGUUGCCAGAAACAAGGAGAGACUGGAAGACGUAAAGCUCGAACUUCUGGAUGCUGCUCAGUCACCGGAACAGGCCAUGCACAUCAUCUCGGCAGACCUCGCCGGCGACUUCGAGAGUCUGGUACGUGAAGUCCGCGACGCGGAGGACUGUUGCGGUCCCAUCGAUUACUUGGUUAACUGCGCCGGAUCCGCUGUGAGCCAGCGCUUCGAGGAAACUCCUCUGGACGACUUCGAGAAGAUGAUCCGGGUAAAUUACCUAAGCGCCGUUCAAGCGACCAGGGCCGUGCUACCGGGCAUGAAGCAGAGGAACCGCGGAAGCGUCACCUUCGUCUCGUCCAUAGCGGGUGUUCUCGGCAUGUACGGCUUCACGGCUUACUGUCCAGCGAAAUUCGCUUUGCUGGGGUUUGCAGAAGCACUUAGAAUGGAGGUGAAGCAUCACGGCAUCGACAUUACCGUCUGCUUUCCGCCGGACACGGACACACCGGGUUUCGCGGAAGAGCAAAAGAGCAAGCCCAUCGAGACGAAACUCAUUUGCGGAGCGGCCGGCCUGUCCUCGGCCGAGUCCGUCGCCCUCUCCAUGCUGGACGACAUCCUGGAGCGGAACUUCGCAGCCACGGUUGGAUUCGACGGACGUUUCAUCCUGACUUUGUGCGCUGGAAUGAUGCCUUUCAACUCUUGGUUGGAUCUCAUGGUCCAAGUACUGAGUAUGGGAUUUUUGCGGCUCGUUGGCGUGUUCUAUCUGGGAAGAUUCUACAGUGUCGUAGCCAGUUGUGCCUCAAAGCGGGAGGGAAGCAAGAAGUCAGCCUAACUGUCUUGGGGCAUUAUGUGGUUUGACACAAUACGACGCAGUUACGUUUUUCCGGGAGGGUGCGUUGGGGCCAGAAAAUGUUUCUUUGAGGCGUCUGGUUCAGCGGAGAAAUAUUAGACCUGCUUUGUAGAGCUCUGCGCGGAACUUCACAAAAUGUGGGCGUGAAGUUAUGCCACAGGCAGUGCCACAAACGUCUCAGUGUGCGUUGGCUAGUCAGGGGUAAGGCAGGGAAUUGGAAACAGUACCAGGUCCAUGAUGUUUCGGUACAGCAUAAAACUGGGGGUGACGGGAUAUAAGUUGAGACGAAACUGGGACCCGCACGAGUUUUUCAUCCUCCUUCCCUGUUUCUCUCGGAAGCAUAACGGGACAUUCCUCUAGAUAUGUUACAGCUGUCUCUAUAAAUAGCAUCAUGUUUGCAUGCAUCGUGUAAAUACGCAUCUUAUCAGAACCUACAGAUGCAGUUCAUCUUGCAAAGCGUCUGCCGAUAACGCUGCACUGCUUGUUCACAUAUGGAUGCAAGACGAGAUGUCGGUGGUUUCGAUAAACUGCGUAUUAACGAAAAAUAUGCAUUGUAUUAUCUCUUAGCCUUUAAUGUCAGGUAUUGGGCUUGGUCACAUCUGGCUACAGCACCUCGAGGUGGUUGCAUUAUUGCACAGCACACUUGUGUUGUGGGCAUGCCUUGUGUAAUCUGUGUUAGCUCUGUGUCUUACCUUUAUGAGUAUUUGGAUUUCAUCCUUGUCCUCAUGACACAGCUAUCAUGACCCCACAAAAGUCUUUCUGCAUCUUUGUCUCUUAACCAAUACAUAGCUCCAUUUUGGGGCAUGUUCUCAAUUUUGAGAACGGAUCCACGAAGCGAAGAUUUGCG